ACAUAUGACAAUCGUUAAUAAUAACAAUAACAUGUGAUUCAGAUAUUUUAAUUAAAGCAUACAAGAAUGGUAAUUGAAAAUAAUUCACAAAAAAUAUUUCGAAGUGUAUUUAAUUUGAUUAUCAAAAACUGAAUUUAUCACUUACUUGCCUUUUCUAAAAGUUUAAGAGGUUAGACUUCUGUACGAAUUAUACCUAAGCUUAAUUAAAGUAUAGAUUUAAUUAUGAGAGGACUAUCAGAAGAUACACCGCCAUCCUCUAUAAAUGGCGAUGAAAUCACCGGGAUGGAUGACGACGGGAUAUAUUUCGAGGAGAUUGAAGAAAUACAAUUUGAUGAUGAGGAAAUGGUUGAUGACCAAGAGGAGGAGGAUACGGAAAUGAUUAGACCAGAAGACCAUGCCAUUACAGUGUUUAACAAACAUAACGGUUCAGUUUUUUGUUGUGACUUUCAUCCAAAUGGUAAGAUUGCUGUAACCGGUGGGGAAGAUGACAAAGCAUACGUGUGGUCUACAGAAACAGGGGAUGUAUUAAUGGAUUGCAUAGGACAUAAGGAUUCAGUUAUCUUCGUCGGAUUCAGCUUUGAUGGAACCUUUCUAGCUACAGUUGAUAUGUGCGGAUUAAUAAAAGUAUGGAAGGUUAAUUUGGAAGAAAAUCAACAAGAACCAUGGUCUGUGGUAUUUGAAUAUGAGGCGGAUGAUCUAAGUUGGGGUUCAUGGCAUUUUGGAGCUAGAGUACUCAUAUGUGGGGCAGUUACAGGUGAUAUAUACAUUUUCAAAAUUCCAUCUGGAGAUACCAAGGUUCUACAAGGGCACAACAUCAGAACUGAAUGUGGGAAGAUGUUCCAUGAUGGUGUCCGUCUUGCAGCUGGUUAUGAAGAUGGUACUGUGAAGGUUUGGGAUCUCAAAACGGCCACUGUUGUAUCACAGAUACCACCUGGAAUCCAUCAAAUAAGAGUCACAGCUGUAGAUACACAUCCAGAUAACAGUCUCAUGUUAUCUAUAGCUACUGAUGGUAAAGCAGUCAUGACAACAUCAAGUAACGGCAAAGUUGUUGCACAGAUGGAAGCGGAGAAUGAUUUAGAAGUUGUUGCUUUUUCACCGGACCCACAGCUUGGAUAUUUUGCUUUAGGUACUCUUAACGGCUCGGUGACGAUAUGGGACACGGCGCGGCAAAUGUUACGGCACCAUUGCGCCAAAUCGCAGGAGUCCGACGGCGUCACUAAAAUGCUAUGGAUCAAAGACGAAGUAGUUACUGGCUGUCUGGACGGAUCCGUGCGCGUGUACGAAGCGCGAUCCGGCAAUCGACGACUCGUCCUCACGGGACACUGGUCGGAAAUACUGGAUCUUACUUACAAUGAAAAAGAAAAACUCAUACUGACAACCUCAGAUGACGGCACCGCGAGGAUAUUCAAAUACAACGAAAAAACCGAAUAGAAUUGCUUUUUAUAAAUAUAUUUUUAUACAUACAAUGUAUUUCUGUUUAUAAUGCGAUAUUAAUAAACACUGUUACGUUCAUAUUUA